AUGCACCUUGGGGUAAAAGUGUUUGGUUCCAUCGCCAUCGCGGCUUCGGUCGCUGCGGGCAAUAGUACUCGCGACGUGGAGGCAUGUGCGCAGAUCUCCCAGCUAGUGGCCGAUGCCAACCAGAGCAAAACUACGGCCUCUGUUCCCAAGGACUUGGCCUACCAAUGUCUAAUGUCUAUUCCUUUCGAAUCGGAUCGGGCGACCAUUUUUUUGACUCAAGUUCGCAAGAUGCUAGAGUUCCAUUCCACAGUCGAUAUCCUGAAACAUCCUCCUCCCGACUACUUAAUGCCCGCUACAGACAUCCUGGGCGGGGUUGACUCCAUUCUAGAGAAAGUCAAUCAAAAGGCCUACUCCAGUCAGUUCGAAAUGGAAUUGGACCUUUCCCAUCUCAUUGACUCAGCACACGAUAGUCAUUUGGUCUUCAGUCUGUGCUCGCAGUCUAUCUUUGAUAUCACAAUUGACUUUCCAAUUGUCUCGGUUUCCACAGAUGGGCUUUCCCUCCCCCAGGUUUACUCCUUAAGUGAUGCGAAACUUCAGCAAGGUGGAUCAACGGAGGUUUCACCUCUUGUGUCGAUAAAUGGUACUGCUGCGGCCAAGUUCUUGGAAUCUGUUGCCUCAAGCCAAAGCCUUCAGGAUCCCGACGCACAAUAUAAUCGACUAUUCCCUUCGUUGGCCCGUAGUGUGAACGACGGCGCCACUAGCCCUGAUGGAAUAUGGGCUAAGGACCAAAGAUGGAGCGAAGCCUCGGAGCUCACUCUGAAGUUCGGUAACGGCACUACAAAAACAGUCCAAAAGGCAGCAGUUCCAUUGGAACCGUUCUUCGACUACAAAAAUGGUAGCGAAAUCUAUCAAUUCGAAUGCCUUCCUCGUAUUCUGCUUGAAGCGACAACCGCCAUUGAGAGUGCGCAGCAGGCAUCUGAAGUUUCCGGGCUGCCUAGUACCCCGUGGAGCUCAUCUGGUAAUGCAAUCUCCGGAUACUUCUCCAAUCAAACAGGUCUCGAAGACACGGCAAUUAUCUUUCUGCCAACGUUCUCAUCCGCUCCUGCGGAUGUGGCCCAUUUUGUCAUCAAUUUCCUGCAAAAUGCGACCGCUGCAGACAAGAAGAACGUCUUGAUCGAUGUGACUGCGAACACCGGCGGCUACAUGACCACAGGUGUUGAUAUGUCGCGCAUCUUUUUCCCCGACUCGGAUCCCUAUACCGCAACGCGUUACCGAGCCCAUGAUGCGGCCAAGUACAUGACCAAGGCUUUCUCGCGUGAUACAACGCCCGAUACGGACAACAUUUUUGCCUACAAGCAAAUGGUCAAGCCGGAUCAGAAAACCGGGUUUGGUUCAUGGCAAGAUCUCUACGGACCACAUGAUACCCUAGGGAGUCCAUCCUCAAGCUUGCUAGCCAACUUCAACUAUACCGCUACCUCAACUAACGUUUGGCCCAUCAAUGGAUAUGGAGAAGUCCCGUUAAACCCACCCAAGGCACCAUUUCCAGCUGAGAAUAUUGCUAUUAUUACCGAUGGUGACUGUGUCUCGACUUGUGCUUUCUUUGUCAAGCUCAUGAAGCGCCAGGGUGUACGCACCAUUGCUUUCGGUGGUCGUCCUACCGAAGCGCCCAUGCAGGGCGUCGGCGGCGUGAAGGGCGGCCAGUCGCUUGCGGUCAACUACAUCAAUGCUUAUAUUUACCAAGCCAAUGAGCAAAUUCGGAACUCAGCCAACUCGUCUUCGCCAAUUCUCACGCAGGCGGAGUGGAAGAAGUUCAACGACUCCAGUCCUGGGACUGCCUUAUCAUAUGCUUGGAGCGGCAAUCUUAAUCUGCGGAAUGAGUAUGACCCGGAGGACAGCGAGACCCCGCUGCAAUUCGUCUAUGAGGCUGCUGAGUGCCGUCGUUUUUAUACCUUGGAGAACUACAUGCAGCAGGAGACUGUUUGGCAAGCUGCAGCCAAGGCAAUGUUCGGCAAUGGAGGGUGUGUCAAAGGUUCCACUAAUGGGAAGGGCAGCCUGGAUGCCUCUUGA